CUGUAGCUACCUUAGCUUACGUUGAUUGUGGAUUAUCCACCUUUUCCACAAUCUAAACAAACUCAUCUGUGAGUCUCUGCAUAUUUGGCCAGAUUAUUAAUUGCAAUGCUGGCAUUCUAGGAUUGGCAUUUAGAGUGGAGAAGAGCACCUUUGUUUAUUGGCCAGGUGGAGGGAAGAGUUUCUAUAAAAGGGAAGGUAUCCGGGGCUUUGUACAAGUGUGUUUGUGUAAGCAAAAGGCCAAGCCAGGAAGUUGGUGAAACCAGCGAGCUUUGCAAUUUUGCUUUCACCGAACAGAGCAGCGUGUAUAAGGGAAAAUAUUUAAGUAACUAUUAUUCAAACAUAAGCAUGGGAGACGAGCAAGAUUUGCAAAGACCAGUGAGCUUUUGGAAGAUGCCUGUUGGUGUUUUCUUCAGGGAUGCAAGGAGUGUUUUCAAAUGGGAUGUGCUUGGUAAGGAGAUACUUCAGAUUGCAGUCCCUGCUGCUCUGGCUGUAGCUGCUGAUCCUGUCGCUUCCUUAAUCGACACAGCAUUCAUUGGUCAUAUAGGUCCAGUGGAACUUGCAGCAGCAGGAGUAUCUAUUGCCUUGUUCAAUCAAGCUUCAAGGAUUACUAUAUUCCCACUUGUCAGUAUCACCACCUCCUUUGUGGCGGAAGAAGAUACUGUAUCAAAAAUGAAAAUAAAAUCAGGAAAAGGCCAGAAAUUGGAAAAUGGUUCAGGCAUGCUUGAUGACAUGGAAAAAGGGAUCGCUAAACCAAAACCUGAGAUGAAAGAACCUGCCCUAGAUGACGAAAAUGGUGAAGCCACAGAAAUGGGUAGGCAUCUGGGAAAUGUUGAAGACAAGGAAAAUGGUGAGAACUCAGACAAGGGACUAGAUGAAGGCAGUGAAGUAAAGAAUUCCAUACCGGAAAAUGCUGUGGUGGAAAAUGGAGAAAAAGGUGUUCCUAAAAACAGUGAUCCAGAAGAAAAUGGUUCCAAGACAGGUAUUGUAAACGGUCCAUCUGUUGUUGUGAGCAAAAAUAAGAAGGCAAAGAUGAAGAACAAAAAGCGUACUAUUGCUUCCGCAUCGACAGCACUCAUCUUCGGUGCAAUACUUGGCCUGCUGCAAGCUAUAUUUCUCAUGUUAGGAUCCAAAGUUCUUCUUGGUGUGAUGGGUGUGAAACAUGACUCCCCCAUGCUAAAACCAGCAAUGAAGUACUUGACAGUAAGGUCGAUCGGUGCACCUGCUGUUCUUCUUACAUUGGCCAUGCAAGGAAUCUUCCGAGGGUUUAAGGAUACUAAAACUCCUUUAUAUGUCAUUGUUGCGGGAUAUGCAAUUAACAUUGCCUUGGAUCCACUUCUCAUCUUCGUAUGCGGUUUCGGCAUCAGAGGUGCAGCUAUUGCACACGUUCUUUCUCAGUACUUGAUGGCAGUGGUCCUCUUCUUAAUCUUAAUGAGAAAAGUUAAUCUCAUGCCACCAAGUAUUAAAGACUUGCAGUUCGGAAAGUUUCUUAAGAAUGGUUCUCUAUUGUUGGCUAGGGUGGUUGCUGUGACAUUCUGUGUCACCUUAGCUGCAUCUUUGGCAGCACGGCUGGGUCCAACUCCCAUGGCUGCAUUCCAGACAUGCUUACAAGUCUGGUUGACAUCAUCCCUUCUUGCUGAUGGGCUAGCUGUUGCAGGACAGGCUAUUCUAGCAUGUGCAUUUGCAGAGAAAGACUACAAAAAGGCUACAGCUACCGCAACUCGAGUAUUACAGAUGGGAUUUAUCCUUGGUGUGGGACUCGCUCUUGUUGUUGGAGUUGGUUUGUACUUUGGAGCUGGAAUCUUCUCAAGAGAUGUCAAUGUUUUGCACCUUAUAAAAAUUGGCCUCCCUUUUGUUGCAGCAACACAACCAAUCAAUUCCCUCUCUUUUGUGUUUGAUGGUGUCAACUUUGGAGCAUCUGACUUUGCAUACUCUGCAUAUUCCUUGGUUCUGGUGGCCAUAGCAAGCAUUGUUUCAUUGUUCCUUCUCUCUAAAUCCGAUGGUUUUGUUGGAAUUUGGAUUGCUUUGACCAUCUAUAUGGGGUUGCGUGCAUUCGCUGGCGUAUGGAGGAUGGGAACUGGAACCGGACCUUGGCGCUUUCUCAAGGGUCGUUCAUCACCACAGCCUUCAUAAGUCUAGUAAAAUAGGAAUACUUAAAAGACUCUGUAUGGCCAUGAUUGUUUCCUUUGCUUUAUCAUAAUCUUCCGGUUAGCGGUAUGUAUCAUAAUUUUCCAUCUGCAAUAUUCCCCAUUUUGUAUCAUAAGUCUAAAUGUUUUGUUGUUGUACUAUAAUUUCACACCACCAUUGUAUUUGAUAACUCUUCUAGAGGAUAUGUUACGUGGAGAUGGUUUGAAACAUGAAA